AUGGGAUUUCAAGGUUAUGUGGAACAAAUUGUAGCACUUAAUUGCCAAAGGGUUGUUUAUCUAGGAACAGGAUACUGGCUCUUCUGGUCCAUUUUUUUGCUGAGUUUUGCUGCAGUCAUGGUUACCUAUACUUCAUUGCUGUUGAUACUUGGAUCUUUGUUGCUUUGGGAAAGGAUAGAACUGUACCUGCACACGUGUCAUAAGAUCCUGAUUAUGAUAAUGAUUACGCUAUGCACCUUCAUACUGUCUGUUAUAUGCAUAUUCUGGAAAGAUAAGUGGCUGAUAGCUGGGCUGUCACUGCAGAUCUUUGCACCUGUUGUACAGCCGAUCAGCAUAAUUGUGAUGGUUAUCCUUUCCUGGCCUUUGGCCAUGUAUGUGGGCUGUUUGGAAAGAGAAGUUAUAAAAAGAAGACGCAAGAUAACACCUUAUGAGAAAGCAAGACUCAGGAGAUGUAAUAUAUUCACAAGGUUAAGAGCUCUACAAAUUGCUGCUGGAUUGCCCUUUUUUCUUAUCCUUUUGUGCCUCUAUGCAAUGCCAUUGGGGGUUUAUUCUCCCUGCAUUCAGGAGAAGGAGGAGCUGGGGCCUAAGCCUGUCUUCUUUGCACACAGAGGUGCACCCAUGGCAGGGCCAGAGAAUACCGUGAUGGCCUUUGAGAAAGCUGUUGAACAAGGGGCAUAUGGACUGGAGACUGACAUACAUGUAAGUUUUGAUCAUGUGCCUUAUCUCAUGCAUGACUAUGACCUGAGACGAACAACCAAUAUCAAGGAAGUUCUGCCUGAAGAUGCCUUUAAACACCCUGCCUUUUUCACUUGGGAUUUUCUAAAGACUCUAAAUGCUGGUAAAUGGUUUAUAAAACCAGAGCGCAGACCAUUUUUCAAUAUGGGACCUAUAUCAGAGGCUGAUAAAAAAAGAGCAAGCAACCAGUCAAUUCCACAACUAACUGAUUUAUUGGAAAUUGCAAAGAAGGAACAAAAGUUUCUGAUAUUUGAUCUUUUUGGCCCUCCACCAAAACAUCCUCUCAGAAACACAUUUGUUCGUGAAGUAGUAAGGGUGAUCCUUGACUCGAAAAUUGCGCAACAUCUGAUUUUUUGGUUGCCAUCUCAUGAUAGGGAGUAUGUCAAGUAUAUGGCUCCUGGUUUUCAGCAUGUGGGUCGUUUACUCUCCAUUGAAGACCUAGCAAAAGAGAAUAUCAAUAUAAUAAAUGUUGACUACAAGAAGUUAUUCUACAGUGGGUUGAGAGAUUAUAAAGCAGCUAACAUCAACAUCAACUUAUACGUUGUCAAUGAGCCCUGGCUAUACUCACUAGCCUGGUGUUCCAGGAUUAACUCAGUGACCACAGACAACAUUCCACUCCUGAGUCAGCUUAAUCACCCUCAAUUCUUCAUGUCACCAACAAAGUAUCUGUUCAUAUGGCUUUUCACAGAUAUUGUUUCUGCAGUUUUCAUUAUUGCUAUAUUUUUUUAUUGCUGGUGGAGAGAAAUUAAAAAAGAAAAACUGCAGGAAAGUGUCAGCCCUCCCACAGGUAAAGCAGAGGCCUCACCCACUCCUUUCUCUUCAUCACUUCCUUUGCUUCAAAGAGACAGGAUCUGCUUUUUGUGUUUCUGA